GUGUAAUACCUUUCCUUGGAAGGCGAUGUUGAGGUAGACUGUUCUGUUUCUAAGGACAUUUUAUCGCUCAAAGGCACGACCAGGACCGCUAGGUGAACAGGACCAGAAAUAUAUAUGAUGGGGUUCUGACAGUUCCAUGCUGUGUGUUAUUUUGUAACUCUGUGCUGGGACCAUGGGGGAUCUGGUGGCUUUUGAGGCUGAACUGAACAACAUUGUCAAAGAGUAUCUGGACUUCUGUAGUUAUGAGGACACAUCCACCACGUUUGAGCAGGAGUGCUCCAGAAAGGGCAAACCCAACCCCAUCUCAGGCGGGCGUGUCAAGAACAACGAGAAGAAACUGGGUUUACAGCGAGAGUUUGUGACCCUGUUUGACCACGGUGAGCGGCGUGAUUUCUUCGUGCUGUGGGAUCAGCACAUCCCGUCUUACAUCAGGAAGGACGACUCUGUUAGUCAGAAGCUGGAGUUUUACCUACAUAUCUACUUUGCCAUCUACCCUAUCAAGUACGGACAAAGCAAAAAUAGCAAAGCCAAGAUGGAUGAAGCCAUGUCAGCGUUUAAAGACUACCUCGAGACGGGCGGCGCUUCUCUUAGCCAGACCACGGAGUUCCUCCCGUUCUACGCACUUCCCUUCGUCCCCAACCCACGCGCUCAUCCCUCCUUCAAGGAGCUAUUCUCUGAAUCUUGGGUCCCUGACUUGAAGAUGCGUCUGGAGAAGUUUCUUACCUUGACCCUGAAGUCAGCGUCCCAGCCAAGACUGUUUGACAUGUACAGGGAUGGAGGCUCCGUCAGUAAGGAGAUGUUGGGACAGAUGCAGCACAUGCAGCAGCAGGUUGUAGAUGCUGAGAAGAGAACCAUGACAUACAUGAAGAGAUACAACAAGAUGCAGGGUGACUAUCACAACCUGAUUGGAAUCACAGCAGAACUCGUCGACUCUCUGGAAAACUGUGUGCAUGGUGACAUGGUGACACCAGAGUAUCUACAAGGUGUUUGUAAUCGACUCUUCAGUAACCAGAUGAGACAGACCAUGGAUUUCACCAGACCUGGAACGCCUGAUUAUUACCAGGCUGGAGCAGCACUAAGGGACUCCAUAGCUCCACAAAAUCAAACGAAGCCUGCGGAUGAACCGGGGCUGCUGCCGUCGCUGGACUACGACAGCGUAAAGCGAGACAUGACACACGGGCCGGAGCGAAUUAGGGCACUGCUGCUGCAGGCACUCAGAUGGAGACUGACGCGUUCGGUUGCCGGGGAACAGCGGAACACGGUCCUGGCAGCGUACAUCAACAACGACCUGCUGGGGUGCACGGUGGAAGGACCGCACAGGCAAGCAGUGUUGGACAUGCUGAGUUCGCCCAGUGAGGUGGUGAGACAGUACACAGCACGACUGUUCAACACAUUUGCGUCGCUCGCUGACGGUCGGACGUACCUGGCACAGUGUACGGAAGUGUUGCAGGUGUUGGAGGAUACGCUGAAAGCUGAGGACAAGGACUCCAUCACACGGGAAAAUGUACUCGGAGCCCUGCAGAAACUCAGCCUAAGACGACAUCUACAGAGUCUGAUGAUUGACAAUGGCAUCAUCUCCUGGCUAGUUGACAUUCUAGAAGACAGCGAUGCACUAUCAGAUUACACCCUGGAGUAUUCCGUGGCAUUGCUCAUGAACUUGUGUCUCAGGACUGCAGGUAAACACAAGUGUGCAAUGGAGGCCCACAAGGUUCUGAAGGUGCUGACAGACCUACUGGGAAUUGACAACCAGGAGAUCCGGCCAUAUGUGAAUGGUGCCCUGUACAGUAUCCUGGCUAUUCCCACCAUCAAAGAGGAGGCCAAGGCAAUGGGCCUGGAAGACAUCCUGAAGAUGUACAUUAAGGAGGGAAACAACGACAUGAACCGACAGUUUGAGUUCAUCAUCAAACAGCUGAACUCUAACGAGCCGCCGAGUGAUGCUGACUCGGAUGAUGAAGAGGAGGAGGACGAUGAUGAUGAUGAGGACCAAGAUGCCAUGGAGGCAGACCUGGAUAAGGCGGAGGUGUUGAAACCAGCACCAGGAGAACUGGUGGGAGAGAAACUACUGAGUUCUGAGUACCUGGGGAUUAUGACCCAUUCCUUGAGCCCAAGGAGGAAGGGGUGGACAGACAACGUUUCUGCUUUAAACGAGCCGUUGACACGACCGAUCACACCGACAUCACGGAAAGCUGGGCUGAUACCAUCACAGCAGGGAUCACGAGCUGCAGCUGGCUACCAGUCCCCGACUAAGGGACAGUACAAUAACGGUGCCGUAGGGGGUUACUCUCGGCCGGCCACCUCCAACUCUCGACCUCCGACCCAGGCAGGCAGUCGUAGCCGGCCUAACACCGGCCCCAGCCGGCCACAGACUGGUAACAGGAAUGCAGCAGGGGAUGGGCAGACAUCUGAUUUCUUGGCAACACACACUGGGUUGCAGUCAUCUCGUCCCCUUGCACCAGUGGUGGAUGAUCAGUUCCUCAGGCCAAGCUCAAAAAGUAGCAAUGUAAAUGACUACUCCCAGGCGUUCGGCAGUCGCCCGAAGAUCCCGCGGACUCCGGAGGUGGGAGGGGGGCGGCUGAGCACGCCACCGCCCGGCCCGCAGAGGUCAUCAUCUCCGCCUUUAUCCAGGCCAACAUCCGGCAGACAAAGUGGAGCUUCUCGGAAGAGCACGUCAGCCGACCUGGUCUCCCACCAGCAGAGGACAGCAUCCCGCAACAAGAAAUCAGCUUAGACCCCAUCCUCCUUAUACAUAGCUGCAGUAAGGCUCCACCCACGCUACACAUACAUUUGUAGCUGCAGUAAGGCUCCACCCACCAUACACAUACAUUUGUAGCUGCAGUAAGGCUCCACCCACCCUACACAUAGCUGCAGUAAGGCUCCACCCACCCUACACAUAGCUGCCGUAAGGCUCCACCCACCCUACACAUAAUUGCAGUAAUAUUACCCAUAGAUAAAGCACACACAUCUACAGGAAAGUCUGCUCUAUAUCAUAUUGAAGAAGUGCAGCUGUAAUUAUACAUGUAGUACAUGUAGCUUCUCUUGAUAUGAACAACUUCUCUAAUGGACCACUCCUACCAGAGUUGUCGACAAACAGGCUCUUUUUUAUGACUCAUUACAACAGAUCAACUUAAAACUUGUUGCUGUCAAGUUUGUUGUCAAGACUUAUUUUAAUUAAGGCUGUAUUAGAAGUUGAAUGCUGUAUUUAGAGUCAUUGCAACUGAAUGUUAGGAAAUGUUACCUACAUAUUGUAGCUGCAUUGACUCAAUACUUUGUAACUGUCAAUUGUAAACAGUUAAAAGGAGUUGCAGCUGGAUUAUCUAAAAAUUGACAGGAAGAAUAGACUUGUGGAAAUCAAUGUUUUGUAGGAUAACUUUGGCUUAGCCUUCUCCCUGCUUCCAAACCCUGUAACCAAAAGAGAAUUGGCUAUUUCAGUGUGCUAAACAUUAAGUUGUCAAACUGAUGAUGUGUUGUAUAAGCUUGAGUACUGAGUCCAGAAGCAUCAACUGUCAGUAACUUCUCACUUCAUCAUGUACCCAAGUACUGUCUAAACUCAGAAUUGUGCAGAGAUUUUUAAAUAUUUAUGAAUUUGUAUCAGUUAAGUGUCAUCCUUGAAAUACUCUGAAUGUUUGAACUUUUAUACAUAUUACAUUGAAUAUUUUAAGCUGAAGCUUAUUGUAAGCAUUCCAAAUAUCAGAGACCAGGAAUUUAGUAAAUUGUGUUGCUUCAAGGAUAUGCUAAAAGGGUUUUAAAAAUGAAAACUGAAGACCAUAUCAGAUAAAAUGUACAUACAAGCCAUACUGCACAUGGUUCUACCAGCUUCAUAUUAGCACACUUUUAGUUUAGAUUUAAUUUAGCAGUUCAUAACAAUACAUUAGACUGGUU